UUGUGCUCAUUUGUAACAACUAUUUUAUUUUACCUGAGGAACAAAAAACUGAAAAGGGUUGAUUUAGCUUUGAAUCUAACUGGGAUGAAGGAAGGCAAAACAAGGAAAAAAGAGACCUGACAGCACAGUAAAAAACUUGCUAACUGAGCCCAUAAAAGUAGCAGGAAGCAAAUAGUAGUGAUCCCUUGUGGCUAGAAAGUCAGAGUUCAGGCCUUUUGUGUUUGUAUCCACCCUGCUGAAGUUUUAUUGAGGAAAACACCUAAGUUCCAGAAGUGCCUCUCUAUAACUCACACCAACCCAGUUGACAAUCACUGCUGAAAAUGUCAGGUGUUAGCUGGAAUUUCGGGAAUUUCACCCUAUGCGUCACAUUCCCGGAACUAACGUACGUACGCUCCCGGAUGGACGGAAUAUUUCCGAAGACGGACUGGUCCGAUGUGGUAAUGUGUCCGCCCGCUCUCCUGCAGAAAUGGAUGACGAUGCACCAAACGAGGCCUUUGCUGAGCUCAAGACCAGGCAACUUGGAGGUUGGGAUGUGGCUCAGAUAGCUGCUGGCACAGGGCUUGCUGUAUAUGCUAUGUGGGUGGGAAUCCUCCAACCAGGCUUCAGAAAAGUCCCCUUGAGGCUACAGGUCCCAUACAUCCCUGCUAGCAAAGCCCAAGUAAAUAAUGUAAUGACAUUACUGAGAGGUCGAAAGGGAAACCUUGUGGAUUUGGGAUCUGGUGACGGCCGUAUUGUCUUGGAGGCCCAUCGGCAGGGUUUCACUCCUGCUGUUGGAUAUGAGCUCAACCCCUGGCUUGUUCGAAUGGCCCACUUUCAUGCGUGGAGAGCAGGCCACCACGGAAAAGUGUCGUACCGACGAGAAGAUCUCUGGAAGGUCGACUUGACAGAAUGCAAGAAUAUCACAGUGUUUUUGGCACCUAGCGUGCUUUCAUUAUUGCAGGAGAAGCUGCAGGCUGAGCUUCCCGAUGAUGCUCUAGUGGUAGCUGGUCGUUUUCCCCUACCUGACUGGACACCCUGCAGGAUUGAGGGACAUGGUGUGGACAGAGCCUGGGCAUAUAGCAUGCAAGCACAAAGACAGCACACCCGCAAGGAAAAUGACAAGGAGAAAGAAUCCACUUUGAAGCUACCUUGAUGUUCCUCGUCGUUUUCCCUCAGAGAAAUUAAAUUAUAUAUCAUUAACUUACUUCUUUUAAGAUGUAAAAAUCCUUCUCUUGGAAUAUCAAGGACCUUUUACUGACUCAAAACAAAACUAAUGACACUGAUUGGAUAGUUUCUGACAAACUGUGCAAAGUCGGUGCAGGGAUCAGCAGGCAUGUAGAAUUUCUGCAUAAAAUGCUCUUUUACAUUGUUUUGAUGGAUUUUAUUUGUUAUUUGUAAUGUUUGAAUUUCCCCAGAGAGGGUUUCUCUCAACAUUAAAGGAAAACACCUUUACCUCUGAAACCUUCCUGGGGACAACAAGCUUUUAAUACUGUAUCAUCUGUAGGUGAUGCAACUUAAUGUCAUUUCCUUUUUAAGUGUUCUGUUAAUUUUAUCCAUUAUUGUUAUUACUGAGUGAGUAAUAACUCUUAAAUAAAUCUUUCUGAGAGAAAGAGGAAAUAGUUAAAAUGCCCUGUGGUUGAUGGUCAAAGGCACUCAGCGCUGGGGAGUCUUUGUGUCAGCAAGUGUGGAAUGUGGCUAUUCAGGCUCUUUAUGUCAGAGGUGGCUACUGUGAAAUGCUGUGAAUAAAGGGUUCAGAUGUACCAGUAUCCCUGUGUACAGUGCAUCCUUUGCCAGUUUGACACAGUUAACUCUGUAUACAUAUUAUAUACAUGUCAUGCAUUUACCUUCCCUGUGUUGUAAGUGAUAAUCCCACAGGUUUGUUUUGGUGGUAGUUGUUUGUCUGGAUUAUCUUCUAAUUGCCCAAACAAAACAAGCAAUAAUGGCUUACAGAGACUGAAAUGUAACUAUUGGAGGCAACCUUAAAACAAGAGUCACGUGCCCAUAAUC